AUGGCAGUAGAUGAUUUGAGCAAUAUAGUAGGAAAUGAAACAUCCAAUAUUGAUAGGAACUUAGCUUAUGGUGAUGAUGCAAGAUCGGCAUUGGAUUAUGAGGAGAAUAGUACAUUAUCAAAUUCAAUUUCAAAUGAGAUAGUUGAACAAUGCCCAUCGACGAUAGAUGAUGUUAGUAAUGAGGGUGAUAAUGACGACGACGAUGAUAAUGAUGAUGAUGACGAUGAUGUUAGUGAUGAGGGUGAUAAUGANGGAAAUGAAACAUCCAAUAUUGAUAGGAACUUAGCUUAUGGUGAUGAUGCAAGAUCGGCAUUGGAUUAUGAGGAGAAUAGUACAUUAUCAAAUUCAAUUUCAAAUGAGAUAGUUGAACAAUGCCCAUCGACGAUAGAUGAUGUUAGUAAUGAGGGUGAUAAUGACGACGACGAUGAUAAUGAUGAUGAUGACGAUGAUGUUAGUGAUGAGGGUGAUAAUGACGACGACGAUGAUAAUGAUGAUGAUGACGAUGAUGUUAGUGAUGAGGGUGAUAAUGACGACGACGAUGAUAAUGAUGAUGAUGAUGUUAGUGAUGAGGGUGAUAAUGACGACGACGAUGAUGAUGAUAAUGAUGAAAUCUCCGAUUCUCAAAGUAACUUCUCUGACAAUCAAUAUGGAAGUGAAAGAAGAUUACCUAAUGCCACUGAAUUAUCUGUAAUGUUGUUUUUUACAUGGAAAAGGCAUAACAUCAGUAAAGCUGCUGCAAAUGACAUAUGCCGUAUCAUUAACGUACUUAAUGUUCCAAAUAUGCCGAAAGAUUUUCGUGGAGUUAUGAAGCAUUUAAAGAAAAAUAAUCCUGUACUGCUUCAAGGAAGUCAAUCUUAUCUUUGUUCUUCAUGUGGAAAUAGGUCCAACAAUUAUUCGAAAUGCAGUGUGAAUGAAUGCCCAUUGUUCAAUUCUACUGAGCGAGCUCCAACAUCAGUUUUCGUCUUUCCUUUGGUACCACAGAUUUGCUCAAUUCUUGAAAGAGAAUCUAUCGUAAAACCCACUUUUGAAUCCGAUCGAUUUGAUGAUCUGUCAAACUCGCAACGUUAUCAAGAAAUUGCAACGAAAGAAAUGCAAAUUGAUCCUAAUAGGAAUUUUGUGACUCUUACAUUAAAUAGUGAUGGCGUUUAUCUCAAAAGAAUAUCUCGAUCGUUAUGGAUGACAUGUGCAUGUAUCAAUGAGUUACCACGGAACAAACGUUACGAUGUUAACAAUAUUCUAAUUUGUUCUAUAUCAACUGGAGACGAAAAACCUAAGAAGAAUGAAUAUUCAAUAGUAUUACAAGAUAUUGUGAAUGAAUUAAAAAUGCUCGAACAAAGAGGUUUUGAUGUUUUGCUUCCAUCCACAAGCGCCGAUCACAAUAGAACUUCCACACAUCUUUUUGCUUAUACUAUUGCAGCAGUUUGUGACAAACCAGCACAAGCACUUAUGUUGAAUAUUAAGGAUCCUACGGGAUUUUUCAGCUGCGGAUGGUGUCACAUAUCAGGUGAAACUCACUCAUCCAACUCAAGAUGCUUCAUUAGCAAUAGUAGAGCGCCUGUUUCUCUUCGUAACAAUGCGACAUAUGAUCACUUUAUGAAUGUUUUAGAUAAAAAUUAUGUGGCAAAAGAUCCAUCGAAAGAUAAAGCAUGUGGACAUGCUGGUCGGUGCGCUUUACGUCAACUAACUUACUUUGAAAUCGGUGAUAGCUUUUGUUUUGAUUCGUUACAUGGACUAUAUGCCGGUGUUUUUAAAAAAUUAAUGCAUCUGUGGCUGGAUUCUGUCAGAGUUGAUUAUUCGAUUAAGAAACAGUUCACUACUUUGGAAAAAUUAUUACAAAGUGUGCAUUAUCCAACGACUAAUAGGUUACCACGUGCUUUACGAUAUUACACAACUUGGAAAGCCAAUGAAUUUAGAAUGACAUUACUUUUUGGAUAUAAGACUUUCGAAGAAGUGAUGAAAGCUAAAUAUUAUGAACAUUUUCGACUGCUUGCUUACGCUGCGAUUUUCUCGGAAACGCGAGUAAUGACAACUAUUCGCUUGAAUCAGAUCAAGUGUCUUCUAGAUAAGUUUGUGGAUCAAUUUCAUUUGCUUUAUGGAGUUCGUACAUCAAUUAUCGUCAUGUUUCAUUAUUUAAUCAUUUUAUUUUAUGUUUUAAAGGCAUCGAACUGUGUUUCAAUUGUACAUAGUCUGUCGCAUAUUCACAGAUCUAUUCUCGAAUUCGGUCCGGUUCAUAAUUACAGUACUUUUAACUUUGAAAGCACAGUUGGGUCGUUUGUCAAACAUGUUCAUGGUCCAGCAUUAGUUUUGAAACAAUUAAUAAACAAUUUCGAGCUUAUAACUCAUGCUACAACAAUUCUUAGAAAUCCUAUUUUUCAUCCGAAAAUUUCGUUAUUAAUUCAUCAAAUACUUUCAUCCAAGAGACGUGCCUUGCCCAGGUCCAUUGAGGUAUUUAACGGCGUUUGUUUGAGUCGUGCGGUACCUCCUGCAUCUCCACAUGUUACUACGUACCUGGACAAUAUGUUUGGAAGGAAUCAAUACAAUCAUCAUUCAUUGUGCUUUUACCGAAAUGUACCAUUCACAAUUCAAAAUCCAAAUCAUAAACAAGUUGACAAUUCAGCCAUUCUAUAUUCUGAUCAUACGAAUAAUCUUCAUGUCGGAAUAAUAAUAGGAAUUGCACAGUUGGCACAAACAAACACUGUAUUGUUCAUUGUGGAUCAAGCAGAUAUUAUUAGUUUUGACUCCUUUACGCUCGAUGGAAAUGAAUAUUUUAACGAUCUCUGCGUCUAUGCCAAGCAUUCGAACCCACCUAACAUCCAUUCAGUGAGUUUUAAUUCCGUCAGAGAAAAAAUUGGUUACCGCAAACGCACACAAACGGCUACGGUUACAGAAUUUCACAUUUUUCCGAAUUUAGUUGAGGAAACCUGA